AUGAGCGCGAGGACGCCCCACGUGGGACACUUCCACGAGGGCCAGUGCGUGAAGGACGGGUGCACGCGAGGACCUGAGCACGCGAGGGGUCCCCACACUCGGAGGAGCCGCCCAGGGCAGGCACGCCCACGAGGGGCGGGGCCGCGGGAGGGCCCACGCAGCCGCUUUCCGGACCCGUCCCCGCCAACGACCCCGUCCCGCGCGCGCGUCCCCGGCGCUGACGUCGUCGUCGUCCCUGGCUCACUGUCGGUUCUGCUCUCCGGCCUGCCUGCGCCCUCUCCGGCCGCGCCUUCGCCGGCCCCGCCGCCCGCAGCCCUGGCGCUCCCCGCCGGCCCCGCCGAGGCCGCCUGCGCCCUGUGCCAGCGCGCGCCCCGGGAGCCGGUGCGCGCCGACUGCGGCCACCGCUUCUGCCGGGCGUGCGUGGUGCGCUUCUGGGCCGAGGAGGACGGGCCCUUCCCGUGCCCCGAGUGCGCCGACGACUGCUGGCAGCGCGCUGUGGAGUCCGGCCGCCCGCCGCUCAGCCGCCGCCUGCUGGCGCUCGAGGAGGCGGCCGCGGCGCCCGCGCGCGACGGCCCGGCCAGCGAGGCCGCGCUGCAGCUGCUGUGCCGCGCCGACGCGGGCCCGCUGUGCGCCGCCUGCCGCAUGGCCGCGGGCCCCGAGCCGCCCGAGUGGGAGCCGCGCUGGAGAAAGGCGCUGCGCGGCAAGGAAAACAAGGGGUCCGUGGAGAUCAUGAGAAAGGACUUAAACGACGCCCGGGACCUGCACGGCCAGGCAGAGUCGGCGGCUGCUGUGUGGAAGGGACAUGUGAUGGACCGUAGAAAGAAGGCCCUGACUGAUUACAAGAAGCUGCGGGCCUUCUUUGCCAAGGAGGAGGAGCACUUCCUGCAGGAGGCCGAGAAGGAGGAGGACGCCCCGGAGGAUGACCAAUCCGACCCAGCCGAGCGGUUCCGGUCCCUGCUGCAGGCGGUGUCAGAGCUGGAGAGGAAGCACCGCGGCCUGGGGCUCAGCAUGCUGCUGCAGUGAUGGUGCUGAUGCAGAAGCAGAAGGGACACCUUCCACAGCUGGCAGCAGCAGCAGCCCCCCCACCAGCCGCCCCUCCUCAUCUCUAUGGAAACCAUGAGCUCCUGGACUUGGGGUGAAGCAUUGGCCGUGCCCCCACCUGUGGUUGUUCCAGCUGGUUACAUGCUUCAACAAGGUGUUCAUUUUCCCUUUUCCUUGCUGCGGCGUGGAUGUUUUCUUGUGAAUGUUUUUGGGCUGUGAACAUUUCCUAGUACAGGUAGCCAUGGGGACACUACUCUGAGUAUCCCCAACUCUCCACAGAGCUCCUGUCAUGGUUCUUUCUUUCAUCACUGACAUGCCUGGUAGCUUGUGGCCGUGCCCUUUGCCCUGGGGAUGUCACCUCACUGUCCCAGGGACCCAAUCCUGCAUCUGCCACACAGUGCCUGGGAAGUGCUGUUUCAUGGGAUUUUCUGUUCCAUGGGGUGCUCAUCACCAGGUCUGGAGGUCCCUGUUGAGGUUGGGUUUGGGGUUAGAAUCAAGGAAAGACAGCACACGUAGGGCCCUGACUGCAGGUGGACCUGGCCCUGCAGGGAAAGGAAAGGGAGAGGCCCCUCCUCUGGGGGCCUUGCUGUGUUCCUACUUCUGGCUCUGUCCCCCUCCUCUCCCAGCCUGAGUCCCUCAUCCCUUCACCGUCUGCCCCUCGGAUGCUGACGGCUCCCUGGAACCUUCCCUGGGCUCCUUCUCACCUCGAGGAAGAGAUCCCCUUUCGGCGGCAGUGGGCAGGUGGCAGCUGCAGGCCCCACCCUGGCAUUUCAUCUUGCUGUAUUUGUGGCUUUUCUCACAUCGUAUUUCCUCUGGUGGGUGAAUUUUGCAAAACCUGUGAUGUAGCAGUAGCAUGGUGGCCUGCAGCACCAUUGUAUAUAGAUUCAUUAGUCCAUGUGACAAAACUCAGCACUGAGUAGGCAGAAUCUCGAGGUUGGGAAAUGUAGAUGCAGACACAUGUUUAGAUUCAGCCCUGAACAGGCGGUUUGGGGAGAGCUGGGCUGCGGUGGGGGAGGGGGGUGUUCUCUGAUGAAGCUCUUCAGCCCUUGUAAGUCCCCAGCCUUCAGUACAAUGACCGCCAGGCUCACCUGCCCUGAGUGUGGGCUGGGCUCUUGGUGCCAAAUAAAGUAGGAUUGCUCCAGCUUGUUUAA